AACAUUUAAUGGUUGCACAAUCUGCACUUUGAAGGAAAAAGCUGUCGGCACUGGUCGCUUAUUUUGUUUUAAAGGGAGUCAACCGCUUUUCUCAACCCUGAAGAAGAAUAUCGGAAUAAAUAUAUAGCUUUAAGUCUAAAGCUAUGGCUGGACCCGUCACGCUGGAGUUGGACCCUAUUUUCCUGAAGGGUCUGAGUUACCUUCACUCCAAGAGCAAAGACUCUGCAGAGAAACUGAAAGCACUGCUUGAUGAGGCUCUAGCAAGAGGAAGUGACACAUCCUACCGCAUAACACAAAAAGACAUAGAUAUCUCCAAAACGUCCAUUUCAAAACUCAGCCUGAAUAAACAGGAUUCUAAGUCAUCAUCUAGUUCUUCAUCCUCCAGCAGUAGCAGUGGAAGUAGUAAAUCAGAAAAGAGCAAAAAAGAGGCAGAGAAGAGAUCCUCAGAGAAGGUCAGAAUUGAAUUGUCAGAUGUGGACCCCCCAAAGAAACCCCGACUUGAGAAACAAGAGAACCGCUCUUCACCAAUCACUGUGCAAACCAGCAAGGACCUUGUGCCAAAUAUCAGUGACUAUGAUGAAACUAAUGCAGAUGAUUUUGCCAUGGGACUGGCCUGUGUGGUAUGCAGACAAAUGACUGUGACUAUGGGAAACCAGCUGGUGGAGUGCCAGGAAUGCCACAACUUGUACCACCAAGACUGUCACAAGCCCCAGGUGACAGACAAAGAAGUGAACGACCCACGACUUGUGUGGUACUGCGGCCGAUGCACAAGACAAAUGAAACGAAUGGCACAGAAACCCCAACAGAAGCCGUCUCCCGUCUCCGCAUCAUCAGCACCUGUCGUGAAAGACACACUGGUGAAAAAGACAGAGCUUAAGUCCAAACCAGAUACAUCAAGCACUUUCCAAGCAAGCACAUUUCAAGCAUUCAAAAGGACAGAGGUCAAGGCAUCCACCACUUCAGCAAAUCCCACCAGCAGCAGCUCCACUUCCUCAGGCAGCGGUCUCACGGGCUGGGCUGCAUUUGGUGCCAAGACCAGCUCUGCCCUCCCCACGAGCUCUAAGCUGGGCUCUUCAGGAUCGAGCAGCAGCAAGACCCUAACCACUCCCUCGGGGCAGAAACCUGUUGGACUGUCUGGACUAGCGGGGGCAAAGUCUGGCCUCGGGGGAGCUAAAAUCGCCAGCAGCGGUAAUGGAAACGGCUCCAGUCAGGCUCCACUUAAACCUCCGCCUCUCACUCUGGGUAAGCAGCCAGUAAACCGAUCGUCCAGCGGGGAGAGCCAGGGGAAGGCGCCAUCAGGGGCCGGAUCUCCAGGAGCAACCCAGGCGGGCGCAGGUGGGAACGGGGGGUCUGGCGGGAAUGGAGGAGGAAAUGGGAAUAAUGGAAAUGGCUCAAAAGCAGCACCGGGGGUUAAAGAGCCCACCUCUCAGGAGUCCCAGCUCAACGCCAUGAAACGCUUACAACUGGUGAAGAAGAAAGCAGCGCAGAAGAAGAUGAAGAAAUAAAGUAGUAACUGUUGUAGUAAAACCAAAUGUGUAAACAAUAUGGAGUUUGUGCCAGAAAUCUGUGUGCGUAAUUACAACGUCAUGUACAUGGAAAAAGACACCCUUAUACUUGAAUUUAUGUUAAGUGCUGCCAGACUCUGUGUGCCUCAUUUUGUCCUAACUACUGCUAACCAUGGGAAUUAUGUCCCUUUAUAUCAACACCAUUAAAAAGAUCCUCUUAUUAAUGUUCAAA